GAUUCCCAAGAGGGCAGAUUCCUGAAAGCUUUGCCAGAAGGUCGCCAGAUGUUCUUUCCGACGGCAGCCACCUUGGAUCUCUAUCUUCUUCAUCAAUGAGAUUGCCAUUUUCAUUAUCUUCCUCCUCUCCCUGUUCUUCUCCAUUUCCAGCAGCCAUGGCCGCCGAGCUGGUGAUCUCCAUCGACUGACGCCCAUUCCAGCGAAGGAGACUCCAUCCGGAAGCCACCCACACGCAUCCCGUCGAUCCCUUCCAUCCAUCCGACGCCAAAUCCAUUGCUCGAUCAUCCGAAAGCCUCCCUGCCGGUUCCAUUUCUCCCUGCGUUUCCCCUUCACCGUGGACAGGUUACUGUUACAUUGGAGAACUCCUCCCCCGUGCGAGAUCUUGGCGAUCAGCGAUCACGAACGACUGCCUACGGCAUCCCUCUCGGCUUUGGGUCGCAACACCAUGCGAGAGGUUGCAGUGCGUCCGUCCUCGACGGUGACGUCGCCUAAGAUGAUCUUGCCGCGAAGGUGUGGGGGGUGGACGAUCAGGUCGACUUUGAUGGACCCUUCCCGCUGUGGUUAAUGUUAAACGCGUGGUCACGGAGGAGGGCUUGGUUUCGAAAACAAACGUUUACAGUUGAAGCCCGUAAGUUUUCCAUUUAAAAAGCCUAAAUUUGUCGGCGGACUAUCACCGAGAAUCCAAUUCCGUCUUGGUUUAUCGAAGAUCAUGGUGAGAGAGAGAGAGAGACCCAAAAAACAGAAGGGAACAAACCCGAAAAGGUAAAGCAGAGGCCACUUUCCUUUUCCCAACAUUCUCGAUCCUCUGGCCUUGCUUUCGCCCUUCUCUUUCUCCUUUGGUUUCCAAAACAAAUUGGCUCUCUCUCUCUCUCUCUCUCGCGGCGGCUGUGUCGACGGAAACACUAAAACAGAGAAAGGCGUGUUGUUGGCGAAGUUUUUGAGCCGAUCGUCAUGGGUAAUGUAAGCAGCAGUGGAGGCGGUAACAGACGGAGAAGCGGCGCGCGUUACGAGCAGCAACAACACCCUCCUUCUCCCUCAAAUUCUCUCCAACCUCCUGCUCACCGUCCUCAGCAUCCUGAAAUUCAGGGAAACCGAUAUGUUUUUGCCGCAUCAACUCCUUUUCCUAGCUCGUACCCUCAUCCCCAACCCCAAAACCUGAAUCCGAAUUCUCAACCUCAGUACUUCCAUUACCAGGGUUACCGCCCUCCCUCCGUGCCCUCUCCUUUAUCCUCUACCUACGACCACCGACACCACCACCACCAUUCCCAGUAUCCUCAGGACAACGCGAUGGCUAAUUGGGCAUAUUCCGAGGUGCAGCAACGGACCAAUACUAGCCAUGUCCCAAAUGUUUCUAUGCCCUAUGUGGAGCACCAGAAGGCCGUUACCAUUCGCAACGACGUCAAUUUGAAGAAGGAGACGCUUCAUAUGGAGCCCGAUGACCAGAACCCGGGGCACUUUCUUGUGGCUUUCACUUUUGAUGCCACGAUUGCCGGGAGAAUAAGCAUUCUUUUCUUUGCAAAAGAAGGGAGUGAUUGUAGCUUGACAUCAGUGAAACAGAAUCUAUGUGAACCUGUAACUGUUUCUUUCAAGGAAGGUCUUGGUCAGAAAUUUAGGCAGCCUUCAGGAACUGGAAUUGAUUUUUCCCUAUUUCAAGAUGAUGAGUUAUGUAAAGGUGAUGGAGACGUAUUUCCACUUGCAGUGAAGGCAGACGCAUCUCCAACCGAUGAUGACAAUGGGGUGGCUGGAAAGCAUAUCCCAGCUAUAAUAAAUUCACAAAUUACUCAGGCCGUCUUUGAGAAGCAAGAAAAGGAUAAGUAUCAAGUUAGGGUGGUCAAGCAAAUACUUUGGGUGAACUCCACAAGGUAUGAAUUGCAGGAGAUAUAUGGUAUUGGAAACUCAGUUGAUAACGAUUUUGAUGGAAGCGACCAAGGGAAAGAAUGUGUAAUUUGCCUAUCAGAGCCUCGGGAUACGACUGUUCUUCCCUGCCGGCACAUGUGCAUGUGCAGCGAAUGCGCCAAGGUUCUUCGGUUUCAGACAAACCGAUGUCCGAUAUGCCGUCAGCCGAUUGAAUGGCUUCUGGAAAUCAAUGUCAAUAACAACAUGGCAGAUGGUUGAAAGAGACGCAGCGACGGCAUCCAUUGGAAGUAGAUGUCCACUGAUCUUAUGCAUGGCUUGUCAAAGCAAUUGGUUCACUAUUUCUCAGCAAUUGGUUUUGUCUAAGCUGGAAAAUGUUUUAGCAAAACCUUGUUCUACUGCUUAGUUGGCUUUGGUGUAUAACAAUGCACGUAUGAACCGUUCUGCCAGGAUGGUUCUGGGUUUCUCAA